AUGAAAUGGAGUAAAGAUGCACGAGAAGGAAUUGUCGUCGCUGGAGGUCACGGUCAAGGGAAUGCUCUGACACAAUUGGAUCUUCCUAAUGGACUCUUCGUCGAUACGUCGGGCACUCUCUAUGUGGCUGAUUCUGGGAAUAAACGUGUGAUGCGUUGGGCUCCAGGAGCACAAGAGGGCACUGUCGUUGUGGGUGGAAAUGGCGAAGGAGCAGGAGCAAAUCAGUUUUCGCAUCCCAUUGGUUUGUCCAUCGAUCGGCAUGGCAAUCUCUUUGUCGGCGAUGGCGGGAAUCAUCGUGUUCAACGAUUUACUCUCGCAUAGAACUCGUAAACGAGAAAGACGAUUGAUUGAUUUUUUUUUCGUUCUGUUCUAUUCGCACACAUGCGUGCGCGAUCAGGAAACAUCCUGAUAGAGCCGUAACGAGCCUAAAAAGCUCAUGCACGCACGGGAACAGAUCCCGUAUCAUCUCAUACCAGAGACCGUCACAGGGCAGCUUUUUAUUCCCUGCCCUACCCUGUCCCCAGGGCAGGGCAGGGCUUGGAAGCUGAGCUUGAAUUAGAAAAGACCCAAUAACUUAAUAAAAACUGUGUGACUAUGUUCAAAUCAAUUAUUCAUAUUUUAUUAACAUACUUUCGAGCAAAAGUUACAAUCAAUCUAGGUAUGUCUUAAAAAUAUAACUAAACAAGCAAAGAAAAACAAUGCAGACUAUCACAAAGAAAGAAAAUCAUCGUAAAAAAGAUACAAAUUUCAGAAAAAAAGCCUUUACAUUACAGCAAGAAUAACUAUAGAUCACAACAAAAACACUAUAUAUCACAAGGAAAAGAUCUAUAGAUUACAAUAAAAUAAUGUAUAUAUAUCACAACAAAAAGACCUAUAGAUCACAAAAAAGAACUAUACCGGGUGUCCCAGAAUAAUUGCAACAUCAUUUGUUUUGUGAAU